CGGUUUGAAAGGCCCGAGCCUUGUGCGCUUGCGCACUUAGACGCGCGCCGGGAGCACCCCCUUCCCGCCCCCAACUCGGACCCUCCUUCUCCUUCGGGUCAGACGGAGGCCCCUACGUUGACAUGCCGGAGAUCCGCCUCCGCCAUGUGGUUUCCUGCAGUAGCCAGGACUCGACCCACUGUGCAGAAAACCUUCUCAAGGCGGACACUUACCGAAAAUGGCGGGCGGCCAAGGCAGGCGAGAAGACCAUCUCUGUGGUGCUCCAGUUGGAGAAAGAGGAGCAGAUACACAAGGUGGACAUCGGGAAUGACGGCUCAGCCUUCGUGGAGGUGCUGGUGGGCAGCUCGGCUGGAGGGGCUGGGGAGCAAGACUACGAGGUCCUUCUGGUCACCUCGUCUUUCAUGUCCCCUUCUGAGAGCCGCAGUGGCUCCAACCCCAACCGCGUUCGCAUUUUCGGGCCUGAGAAGUUGGUCCGGGGAGCAGCCGAGAAGCGCUGGGACCGCGUCAAAAUUGUUUGCAGCCAGCCCUACAGCAAGGACUCGCCCUAUGGCCUGAGUUUUGUACGGUUUCACAGCCCCCCAAACAAAGAUGAGGCAGAGGCCUCACCCCAGAAGGUGACCAAGCUCGGCCAGUUCCGCGUGAAGGAGGAGGACGAGGGUGCCAGCUCCCUGAGACCAGGGGCCCUCUUCUUCAGCCGGAUCAAUAAGAUAUCUACCACCACAGCCAGUGACCCAGCAGGACCCAGCUAUGCAGCUGCCACACUGCAGGCCUCCAGUGCUGCCUCCUCAGCCUCUCCUGCCUCCAGGGCAGUAGGCAGCACCUCCAAGCCUCAGGAGUCCCCCAAAGGGAAGAGGAAGUUUGAUUUGAACCAAGAAGAAAGGAAGACCCCUAGUAAACCGUCAUCUCAGCCCUCACCAUCUACCCUCAAGAAACCCAAAUUGACAGCACCCACUCGUACCCCAGCCACCACCUCAGUCGCUGCCCCAGCACGCGGGGCAGGUCUAGGGAAGCCCCGAGGAGAAGGCACUGAGCCCAGGGGACCCCGAGCUGGCCCGCAGGAGCUGGGGAAGAUCCUUGAGGGUGUGGUGGUGGUGCUGAGUGGCUUCCAGAACCCCUUCCGCUCAGAGCUCCGGGACAAGGCCCUAGAGCUGGGGGCCAAGUACCGGCCAGACUGGACUCCUGACAGCACCCACCUCAUCUGUGCGUUUGCCAACACGCCCAAGUACAGCCAGGUCCUAGGCCUUGGAGGCCGUAUUGUGCGUAAGGAGUGGGUGCUGGACUGUCACCGCAUGCGUCGGCGGCUGCCGUCCCGGAGGUACCUCAUGGCAGGGCCAGGCUCCAGCAGCGAGGACGAGGGGGGCCCUCACAGCGGCAGCAGCGGGGAUGAAGCCCCCAAGCUUCCCCGAAAGCGCCCCCAGACCAAAACCAAGCCCCCUCAGGCAGCAGGACCCAGCUCACCCGAGAGACCUCCAACCCCAGAUGGGACCAAACCAGGCUUACCAGGGGCCCAGGAAGAUAUAGAUACUGAGGGACAGCAGUCAGAAGGACAGGACAGUGGGGCAGAAGAUUCUGGGGACACCGACGAUGAGCUGAGAAGGGUGGCUGAGCAGCAGGAACAAAAGCGGCCCGCUGGCCACGGGGAGAAUGGUGAGGACCCAUACGCGGGCUCCACGGAUGAGAAUACAGACAAUGAGGGUCCCCCGGAGUCUCCCAAUCUUCCGGUCCCCGAGCUCCCAGACUUCUUCCAGGGCAAACACUUCUUCCUGUAUGGAGAGUUCCCUGGGGACGAGCGGCGGAAGCUCAGCCGCUAUGUCACAGCCUUCAAUGGGGAGCUCGAGGACUACAUGAGUGACCAGGUCCAGUUUGUGAUCACAGCACAGGAGUGGGACCCCAGCUUUGAGGAGGCCCUGAUGGACAACCCCUCCCUGGUGUUCGUCCGCCCCAGAUGGAUUUACAGUUGCAAUGAGAAGCAGAAGUUACUUCCUCACCAGCUGUAUGGGGUGGUGCCCCAGACUUGAAUGAACACACACACACACACACACACACACACACACACACACACACGCACACACACGCGCACACACACGCACGGACACAUGCACACAACAUGCGCACGCGAGUUUAAUAAAGAUAACUUGGUUUGGAGCUGCUGCUGCCCCUCACUCAGGAGUCUUCCAGAAUCUCCAAGAGGCUCCAUCUUUCUGU